AAGGCCAGGCUUUUGGAUCCUCCUGUUCUCUGAUCAUCGGAUCUAGUUUUUCCUCGGCAGUCUGGGAACAACCUCGGAACAGAACCAUCGCUGAGAGCCGCCAAAGGAGAACACGCAUUUGCAGUUUGUAAACAACAAUGGCACAGUGCACAUCAGACCCCGCGGAGAAAACCCACAAGUCUGACAGCAACAACUGGAGUGCAGCUGGGUCCUCAUCUGGAAGGGUCAAAGUCAGACCGGCGGACUUGCAGCUGAUUCGAAGUUUGUCCAAGUCAGACUCCGACUUGUUAGGAUCACCACGAGGAGAGGAGGACAGAGUUCUGGCUGGACGCAGUGAAUCGGUGUCUAACUGCAGCACUGCACGUCGAUCGCUGGAGCCUUCCUUCGCGUCGGAGUGGGAUGAGAUUGAGAAGAUCAUGAACCUGAUCGGCGCUGGCAUCGAAACGUCCAAGAGCAAGCAGACGCUACCAAACACAGCAGAUGGGGCCUGUGGUAAAGCCCUGGACCAGCCGGUGGGAGAGUGGCUGGAGCACGUGGGGCUGCCGCAGUAUGAGAGCAAGUUCCUGCUCAAUGGCUUUGACGACCUACGAUUCAUGGGAAGUAACGUGAUGGAGGACCAAGACUUGAGAGAUAUUGGGAUCACUGACCCAGGACACAGAAAGAAGAUUCUCCACGCGGCACGCAGCUUGCCCAAGGUCAAAGCUCUGGGCUGUGACGGCAGCACGUCACUGGCCACCUGGCUAGAUGGACUCGGCCUACAUGAAUACUUGCCCAACUUCCUGGCCGGUGGCUAUCGCACGCUGGAGUGUGUCAAGAACCUGUGGGAGCUGGAGAUCGUCAAUGUUAUUAAGAUCACCGCCUUGGGACACAGGAAGAGGAUCAUCGCCUCGCUGGCAGAGAGACCGUACGAAGAGGCGCCGACCAAGUCUCGUCGCCUGUCCCCCAUCCUGUUCCACGAUCUCCUGUCCCAGACCACAUCCCCGCUCAGUCAGCUGGACCCGUACACCAGUCGCUCCAUGGAUAUGCUGCUGCCCCUGACUGAGUCGGACCGGAGGCGGAGAGGACUCGAUCAGGACUGUAGCGUGUCUUUGCGAUCUUUCUGUGAGAGGCCUCGAUCGGUCGAUCGACACAAAGACUCACGUUUGAACCUCCGGCCUCCGAGCCACUCGGCCACCUAUGCCACAGUGUCCGCCUGGCACCACCAGCCUGAGAAACUCAUCCUGGACUCCUGUGGGUACGAGGCCACGUACCUAGGAUCAAUGAUAAUCAGGGAUCUGCGAGGGAUCGAGUCCACACAAGACGCCUGUGCUAAAAUUAGGAAAUCCAAGGACUCCAGAAAAGGUCCAGUUGUUAUUCUCUCCAUCACCUACAGAGGUGUCAAGUUCAUCGACGCAGCCACAAAGACCAUUGUCGCUGAGCACGAGAUCAGGAACAUCUCCUGCGCCGCCCAGGACCCCGACGACCUCACGACGUUCGCCUAUAUCACCAAGGAUCUGAAGAGCGGCCACCAUUUCUGCCACGUUUUCAGCACCGUAGAAGUGACACAGACGUACGAGAUCAUCCUCACUCUGGGUCAGGCCUUCGAAGUGGCCUAUCAGAUGGCCGUCCAGGCUCGGGCACGACAUUACAUCCCACCUUCACCUCUGGUGUCCGAGGUCAUCGAGACCAAAACCAGCCGCCCGGUGUCUCAGGCGUGGAGCAGCAUGCGGCGAUCGGCAAUCGACCCCCUGGAGAUGGAAGCAGACAUGCACUCCCUGGGCGGCAGCACCACCUGGCUCUUGGACCACCGGGACUCCAACAGACGCCCCGUCAGCACCAAGUAUGAGACCACCAUAUUCUGAGGCCCGACCCCUUCAGACGCCCCAGAAAACCUCCCUCACCUCCUUGCAUCCAGCUCUCCAUGCUCACACGAGUAAACAUUCGAGCCCCGUGCCUUCUCACUGUGAUGGUAUCGCCACCCUCAGGGCCGCCUGCAUCUCUCCUCUGACCCCCCUCCUGUUUGGAGACAAACCCCACCUUCACCUUGACAAACACAAAGGCUCUCCUGCACCACCCCCGGCAGCCUCCCUCGGUAUGGAGACGAGGAGCGGAGUGUUCUGGACUGAUGGGUUAUUUUUGCCGGCCCUGCUCUUUCAACCAAACUGCCUCUUCCUCAUGAUCCUCCUCUUCCUCCUGACAACUUGCAUCUGCCUCCAACCCCCUGAAACUUGGUCCCAGAGGCUGCUUUUCUUCUUAUUUAUUUAUUUUUUUGCUCAUUUUUCAUCCUCUAUAGGCCUUUAAGACACUCAACACAGGCAAAACACCUUUUCUUGUUUUCUGAACUCAUGGUAGUUUGAGGUUACUUUCACACCCUAACAUACACGACAUGACUUUCAAGCAGCCACACAAAAGGAUCUGUAACUCUGCUUUGGGGUUGUGUGAUGACAAAAUAAACAGAACGUAAAGGAGCGCUGUUUAUUAAGAAAAUCCUCCUCACAAGAGGUACACUUUCCCAAAGAUAGGUCACCUGAGUUGAGACAGUUGCAACUAGUGAUGGGCUGAUGAGGCUUCAUGAAACAGUGUCCUUAUUUUCAGAGCCCACUAGAUGGCACUCUCUGCUCAAAAAUCUUUGGAAUUAAACGGCCAUUUCAAUGACAAUUCCUCCCACUGAGCUCUAAAAAUAAGAACACUGUUUCAUGAAGCCUCACUGGCCCAUCACUGGUUGUAACAAAAAGAAAAAAUGUCUCAUAUUAUACACAAAAAAACAAGUGUCCACCACUAAAAACAACAGAAGUCACAUUUGGAUUGUUACAAGCGUCAAAAGUUACCAGCGAAAAUGAAUUCGACAUAAAGACCAUUGCAGUGUGAGUAGAGUGGCAGUCAUCCAGUGUCCAGCAGGACAUCUAUUUAUUUUUCCUUAUUUCACCACCUCAAGACACGUUUCUUUCUUUUUUUUCUUUUCUCCACCUGUAGCCUGUCCUGUCUUACCAGACAUCUGCCACUGUGAGGAGGCGGCUUCUUUGCUAGCAUGGGAUGCAAGAUGGAAAGUUAACCAAUCGCAGAGCCGCAACAUCCAGCAAACGAUCUUUGCUUUCCUUUUACGCAUUUGUACAAAAGCCACGGUCCAAUAUAGAUUUAUCACUGAUGUCUCGACUUUUAAUGGACCAAGAACUUGAAAAACCCUGUGCAAACACACCAGUUCUCUCACACACACAAGAACACCACAAAGAACAAGAGCCUUACUAUAUCUGUUUCGCCCCCGAUCACCACUAUCCACAUGCACGACUCCCGCCCUCGUGAAUCUGGUGUAGAACUGUUGAGAAGAUCUGGAGACUUGACUCGGCUGGGACGCUGUGUACUUUCAGUGGUGCACUCUUGCCCUCUCUGGCCUUGUACUGCCCUGUGCCUCUCAGCAUCCACGGUAGCACAGAGAGACUGAAUUUCACAUUUGCUUCUUGUCAAUGAAAAAAAAGCGACACUGUGUGACGUCACGCCACUGUCCCUUUGGAUACCCCACUCUUUCUUUUGUUCGUUUUUGGGAUGGUGUUUUUGAUAGACUGGGGACUGGCAGAAAUAUUUUGGGGCAGAGCGAUGAGUGCGGGGUCAAGUCAGUUAUGAAGUUUACUGAAAAACAUGCUUUAAAAUAGUCUCUUUUUGGAUCUCCACGGGCCCCCGAGCACAGUUUCAGCGCACCCCUCCUGAUGAAUUGAAAGGCUGGUGUUACAUUCACAGCGAUUCAGGAAGUAACUUGAGCACAUGUUAAGCGUGUCACUGGACGAUUCAACCCCAUGUCAUUAAAACCUCCGAUGGUACGGUGAUAUGAACGGAUUUGCAGAAGUUUGUUCCCAAUUUUCUCAGCUCUCUCUUCAAGAAUGAAUUGCACUGUGACUGGAAAAUGCUUGUUGUGGAGUCGACACGUAUCCGUGGGUUGCGCUGGCGCGCGCGUGUGUGUGUGUGCUUGUAUGUUUUGUUUUUGUGCGUCCUCAUGGGAGUUUGCGACUGUUACAUCACCGGCCACUGUCCUUGUUUCUGUGUGCCGCUCGCAGUCUUGAGGUAGCAUUGGAGACACGUGGAGAGUCUGUGUACCAGUUGGUGUUGUCGACUGUAAGCUUCCACUUGACGAUGCAUGUCUGUGUGUGUUGGAUGCACUUUGGCCUGAGCAGUGGUGUCCGCACUGUUGCAGUCUCCUCUUGCUCAUCUACCAUUCGCUUUUUAUGUUGGCUCAUCGCAGCGGCUCCAUCUUUCUCCACUUUCCCUCCAUCUUGUACGAGUGAAUGUGUCACCAAGACCAACCUGCUUUGGGCGCAGUGUGGUGAGGCUCAUUCUCAAUGAGGUGGGAGUCCCAGGCUGACUUGUGACAUUGUGGUGCUUAUGUUGCGUUGUGACACAACUGAGGCGAUUCAAUUCAGCAGCAUUCAUUCCUCUUCCUUCAAUUUAUCAAUGUAUUUCCAGUUAUUUUCAUGCAUACAGACGCAUCACCAGGUGUGUAAAGGCCACAAGUUCUACGCACCACAAUGGAUCUGUUUCAAACUAAACUAAUUGUAGCACAGCGAUCAUUUUUGUUCCUUGUUUAUAUGAAACACAUUGUUAAACAGUUCAGCUGCUAAUUUUCUGAACUUACAAGUUGAUUUGUUUGAUUUUGACUACAGCUUCAUUUUUAUUUUCACUCAAACAAUGCAUAUCAUACAAUUCAAAUCAUAACCAAAACACCUAUGACAAAAGAGACUAAAUGUUUAAUAACUUAAGCUUGAAGCUCAACAAAUGUUUACUCCAUGCAGCAAAGACUAUAUAUAUAUAUAUAUAUAUAUAUAUAUAUAUAUAUAGUCUUUGCAGGGAAAAAUAAGCAUCAGCAUGCUAACUCAGGAAAAUGAAUUUUUAUUUCUUAGCUGUUCCAGAGAUUAUGGUUGAGCCAAUGACAACUGCUGUAAAAUAAACAUUGAUUAUUAAAAAUUAAAUAGUUUUAGAUGUGAUAUUCUCAUCCAUAAUAAUGUAGCUAGGUUAGGUAAGUGAAGUCUCUAACAUUCAGCCCAACAUUCAUAUCUCAUAUCCCCAGCUGAUCUGGAGCAGUUGACAUUAGAGAUAGGUGUUUCUAAGGAAUUAUCGAAUUUCAAAUGUUUCACCGACUGAGCCAGAUUGGCGUCAAUGAUUCCAUCUCACAGGUCAGACCGAGUCCCACCUCUGAGCAGCAGCUAAGUUUUGGUGGCAUGAUCUGGCUGUGCAUGUGUCCCGUCUGGUAACAUUGGUGUUCUCCUUGUGUAGCUCGCCCCGGCGUUCAAGUUUCCGGACACCAAGCUGUGAGUUGAAGGGGAUCAGCCGGUGUGUGUUUCAGUUAGUGAGCAGAGAAAUAGAGAGGUAAGCAAAGAGCAGGGCCCCUAAGCUUCUCUGACAUUUAGGACUCACUGUUACCCUGCCCGACUCCUCCGCUGCUCCCCUCCCCCGAUCCAGACCCGACACGCAGGAAAAGGUCCAACAUCUUUGGCUAAACUGGAUCUGUGCGUCUUCAGAAAGGUCAGCCAGGUUGUUUACUGAUCCUGUCACAGAGGAACCCAAAGGUUUGGAGAACUGAAGACUGGUGCUGGGCGGCAUGGACUAAAUUGGAAUUUCAUUUUUUUAGCAUACAUCUACAGUGACUGUCAUUAUUUAAUGCUUUUAUAAAACAAUAUCAAUAUAUUCAUUAACUCUAGUAGCUAUGAAAAAAGUUUAAUUGACAAAGUAUGAGUAUGAAAAAAAAAUUCAAGGAAUUACAAUAAAGGCGUAGGUCACCAAAGGAUAGUCCUUAUUUUCUGAAUUGAAUAUUUAAUAAAGUAGAUUUGUUGCACACAAAUGCUAUUUCCUAUUAUCUUAAUUCAUUAUCAUUUUUUUCUUAUGUUUUUUUUUCAAUUAGCCGAUACAAUGUAAAUGUGUUUUGUACAUAAAAUAAAGAGGAUUAAGAGGGUGGAUCAUGAUAAAUUACACUUUUUAAAAAAACAGUCUUUCUCACAUCUCACAAACUCUCUUUAAAGUUUUCCCUCGUCUGUUAUCACUGCCAUUUCCCAGCAUGGAAUCGUUCCCAGAAAACUAUCACAUCCAUUGUAGUCAAAAAAUUAAAACCAUAAGGAAUCAUCAUUUAUUUUAGGUAUUUUUUAAUAGAGAUAUGUAUUCAUUCAUUUGUAUAUUUGUCUUAAUAUUGUUAUCCGUUGCUUUCAUUUGAAAAAAAGAAAAAGUCCUGUUCAAUAUUCUCAAUAGCCAAUGUAUUUUAGACAUAAAUUUAAUGCCGUAUGAAUCAUUAAAUGUCAUUUAUUUUUAUUCUUUAGUUCAAGGUCUUUAUUUAAAAAAAAAAAAAAAAAAGAUGCUUCUCUGAAACACAUAUUCUAGGGAAACUCUAAAUAUAAAUCAUAAAAGAAAACCAUACUUGAAAUGAGUUAUCCCUAAUUUGCUUGUUAUCUGAAUGAAAAAUUAUAAAAAUUAUUACUAUUUUUAUUGUUUAUUGCAGUACAAUGUCAGCCACUGCCACUAUGUAAAUUGAAACUCUACUUUGUUCUUACUUCAAUUUUAGUCAUAUAAUGAACUUUUUCAUGACCUGUUGAGCAGUAACCUGUUGCUAUCGCCACCAAGCAAAACGGUUACUCAGCAAUCUUCACCCAAAACCUCCAGAAGUUGCUCUUCUCUCGUACACUCACCUCUUGUGUGUCGUCUUAGUUUCCAGUUUGUGUUCACCUGUAAUUCUUGACUGCUUUCCUCGUCGCGCUAAUGCUGAGGAAGCAAUAGUUAGCCGCCCGGCACUAGCAUCUAACACUUCAGGUCCACAGUAAGCUAGUGAGAGUGGGAGGGGCUGGACUGAGGGGAAAUGCAUCACGAAAAAAAAAAUCUGAAGAAAAAAAAAAAAUUGUUCCAAUAUUCUCGCCCAUGUUUGUGGGCGGAGUUUGGUUUGUUUGAUGAAAAUGUGAUGAUGUUUAAAAUGACAAAGCAAUAUUAUAUAAGUGAAAUUAAAUUAAUACAAUAAGACAAAGCUCCAUCUCAUGUCUGUUGUCGGCAUCUCUUUCUGUUGGAGAAAUUAAAACGUUUUUACCAUGUGGUCAGUAGUUUGUCUUCGAAGGGAGAAACAACUUUUCUAUCAGCAAGGUGGUGGACUUUCCAUUACGAGCCUGCACUUUAUAUUUGACGGUCUAAAGGCGCCUAAAGGCCUACAGAACAGAACAGAACAGCUAGCAUGCAAUCACGCCAGUAAAACAAUUUUUUAAAGCAUAUAUUGACAUAUUUAAUAUAUGAUUAUUUACAGACUUAAAAGGUCGAUAAAACAUGGAAUAACAAACACAUACCGUUACAUGCAUCACCUGACUCAAAACAAAGCCCAUUUUCAAAAUAAACUCAAAUAAGGGGGGGAGAGGGUGACCUUGGGAAAUAGACACGCUACUGUAACACUAUGUUUAUGUUUAUUCGACCGUAUUCAGAAGGGUCAAUUCACAAUGAGAACCAAGCAAAAUAGCUUAUAUAAUUAUAUAAUGUGAUAUAUAUAUAUAUAUAUAGAGAGAGAGAGAGAGAGAGAGUAGUAGACUUGCUGAUAAAAGUGCAAAGUUGUGAAGAGAUGUGCAAUAUUUACAA